AUGGAGGAUAGCACCUUGCCCACGCUUCAAAACACCAAGCUUGGUUGGAUAGUUUCUGGAGGGAAGCCAAGUAUGCUAAAUCGCAAAUCUGUCUUGGCUGCCAUUGCCAAGGAUCCUGCUGAUCAUGCAGAUGAUGACACACUUGCUGCCGUAGUAAAGCGGUUUUGGGAGAUUGAAGACAUUAGUUCAGAAAAACCAUUGAUGCUGGCCGAGGACUUACGAUGCGAGCAGCUUUUCAAAGCUUCCGUAGAGAUGCACGGAUUCUGUGAUGCUAGCACAGCAGCUUACGGCGCGUGCUUAUAUUUGCGGUCGGAGGCCAAUGGCAACACUGAAGCACAUCUACUCUGCGCCAAGUCUAGAGUAGCUCCCUUAAAAGCUUUAACAAUACCAAGAUUAUAA